CGGCAGAGCAUCUGUGCGUUGCAUUGUCAAACGCCACGCAGAAGUGCACGCGACCUUAUUUUGCCGAUCCGGGGCGUAGUCCGACUUUGGAUAAGUCAUGUCAUCGCAGAGGUACCCCAUCAGCAUCCGUUUAACCGGAGUGAUGGAGAAGGACAAGAAAAAAAUGUACAUCACCUCGGUACUUUGGUCAGAUGAGGAAGAGAUUGUCAUCUACAGGACCGUUGAGGACUUCAAGAAAAUGCACAAGCAGAUCAAGAAAGCAUUCCCUGGCCUGAAGAAAUCAGAGAGAAUUGUUCCUAAAUUUAAAGUCACAAAGAAAGCCAAAGCGGGGCAGAAGAAUGGCACCUCUAAGUCCUUGAAUUACCUUAAGCCCUUGCAGAGGUACUGCAAUGAAUUGCUGAGCUGCGAUCCGAAGGUCAACCAGUCGGUGCACCUCAUCCAGUUUCUCCACCCUAAAAAUGAGGAACUGCAGGCCGAGUACUCCAAGAACGGGUAUGUUUGUUUGUCGCAUUGUCACACAAAAACGCACACACGGCUGAGCAAAAAGAAGUCACGCUACAUUUUUAACAUUUGAGGUUUUGAGCCAUUCAAUCAGAAAGACAAAGUGAUCGCGAAGAGCCGUCGCUGCCA